AAUAAAAUAAAACCCUAGACUCAAUAUCUUAACUCCUGAGCCUCUCCAUCCUUAUUAUAAACCCUAGCUUUCUCUCUCUUCCGCGUUCUUCAUCACUCGGACGGAUCUCGAUCAACCCAGAGGUAAAUCAUGGUUAAGCACAACAAUGUUAUUCCUAAUGGGCAUUUUAAGAAGCACUGGCAGAAUUAUGUCACGACAUGGUUUAACCAGCCUGCCCGCAAGACCAGAAGACGUGUUGCAAGACAAAAGAAGGCGGUGAAGAUCUUUCCACGACCUACAUCUGGUCCACUUCGUCCCGUUGUUCAUGGUCAAACCUUGAAAUACAACAUGAAGGUUAGGGCUGGCAGGGGAUUCUCUCUUGAAGAGCUCAAGUCAGCUGGUAUCCCAAAGAAGCUUUCCCCAACCAUUGGUAUCUCAGUUGAUCAUCGUCGCAGGAACAGUUCCUUGGAGGGUCUCCAAACUAACGUUCAACGAUUGAAGACAUACAAGGCUAAGCUUGUAGUCUUCCCAAGACGUGCUGGUAAAAUCAAGGCCGGUGAUUCUACACCCGAGGAGCUAGCGACUGCAACCCAGGUCACAGGAUCUUUCAUGCCCAUCAUUCGUGAGAGGCCAGCAUUUGAUCUUGUGAAGGUUACUGACGAGAUGAAAUCAGUAAAAGGUUAUGCCAAACUUCGAUUAGAGAGGAUGAAUGCCAAACAUGUUGGUGUUAGGGCAAAGAGGGCUGCUGAGGCAGAGAAGGAAGAGAAGAAAUAAGCGAAUUAAAAAGUUUCUUAUCGCGCAACAGCUCGAAAUAGAAAUUUGAUACCGGACCUUGAGGCUUCCCCAUUUGAUAUGGAACCUAUAAAGGCAACUAUGUGAUUUUGAUUUUGAUGUAUAAUUUUCAUUAAUCUCUUGAUGAUAAUUUGAUGCUCC